AUGGCUGAAGGUUAUUCACAAAACGAUAAUGUUAAUCCAUCAAUACCAACAGUCACAUCAGAUAAUCGUGAUCCAAAUGGUAUAAACAGACAUCUGCAACUUAAUUUUUUCAAUGUCAUUGCUGAGCCUGAUCCAAGUGCUUAUAAUUUUAAAUUCUUACACGAAAUUGCUAAUAAAGUUUAUCAAUACAGCAAGCUUUUUAUUUAUCGUCUUUUAACAAGUCUUGUUGGUUUACCCUUAAUGUUAGCCUGGGGUCUUAUCUUUGGUAUCUAUACAUUUGCUAUGAUUUGGAUUGCUGUACCAAUUCGUCGUUUAUGCCAAUCAGUAAUUGCUGAAUGUGGUUUCUAUACUCAAACAAUGAGUGAUGCUAUUAUUGCUCCAAUUUUUCGUUCAUUAGGGCAAAUAUAUUCUAAUGUUCACAUAACUUUAUUUCGUCAACCAAAUGAUUUACCACUACAAAUUCAAGUAUAA